UACACUAGAACGCAGCAUUUCUUACAGUUAGAGGGUAGCAGAUAACAACAUGGCGACUUCGGUUGGUUUACGAGUCUUGGCUAAAUCAGUGUUUUCAAAAUGCAACAACUCUAUAAAAGCGCAACUUCGUCACAAUAUACGAUGUGCAUCUAAUUUCAGUUAUGUUCCUGAUGUUGCCCCUGAAUCAAAAGGUGAAACAGCCAAGAUGAAUCUAUUCCAGUCAUUGAACAAUGCAAUGGAUAUUGCUCUGACAACUGAUCAGACGGCUGUUGUGUUUGGUGAGGAUGUAGCAUUUGGUGGAGUCUUCAGAUGUACUGUUGAUUUGAAAGACAAACAUGGAAAAGACCGUGUUUUCAAUUCACCACUUUGUGAACAAGGUAUCGUUGGCUUUGGUAUAGGUAUGGCGUCAGUCGGUGCAACCGCCAUUGCAGAGAUACAGUUUGCUGAUUAUAUUUACCCAGCCUUUGAUCAAAUUGUAAAUGAGGCAGCUAAGUUUCGGUAUCGUUCUGGUAAUUUAUUUAACUGUGGUCGCUUGACGAUAAGAACACCUUGGGGAGCUGUGGGGCAUGGGGCUCACUAUCAUUCACAAUGUCCGGAAGCAUUCUUUUCACAUGUUCCAGGCAUCAAAGUUGUUGUUCCAAGAGGUCCUAUUCAAGCAAAAGGCCUGCUUCUAUCCUGCAUUCGUGACAAUAAUCCAUGUAUAUUUUUUGAGCCUAAGGUUUUAUACAGAAUGGCUGUUGAGCAAGUGCCCAUUGCUGAUUAUGAAAUUCCAUUGUCUCAAGCAGAAGUGUUGGUUGAAGGGAGCGAUGUGACGUUAGUUGCAUGGGGCACACAAGUUCAUGUGAUGCGUAGUGUCUGCGAGCUUGUGCAAGAAAAGUUGGGUGUGUCGUGUGAACUCAUCGAUCUGCAGACUAUCUUGCCAUGGGAUGUUGAUACGAUUGCAAAGUCUGUAACAAAAACAGGUCGUCUGCUUAUUGCUCAUGAAGCGCCAAUUACAGGUGGAUUUGCUGGCGAGAUUGCAACCACAAUCCAGAAUGAAUGCUUUCUCCAUCUAGAAGCUCCUAUACAAAGAGUGUGUGGUUGGGACACGCCCUUUCCACACAUUUUUGAGCCGUUUUACCUUCCUGAUAAAUGGAGAUGUUUUGAUGCAAUCAAGAAAAUGAUUAAUUAUUAACUAAGUAUGAAAGUACAGAGGAACUAUGCACUUAUUGUUACAGUGUCUUCAACAUCUUCUUGGAAAACUCCUUGUUCCUGACAGGACUGCAAGACCCUGAUAUUGCGAGUCAAGCAUCUAAACCACCAAGUUAUAGCUUUACUCAACUUCUGUGGUGUAAUAUAGAGAUGCUGUACCUGUCAGCAGCUAGAUUAUCCAGAACUUAAACAUAAAUGUAAUUGCUAAGUGUAAACUUAAUCAGUGGCAUAUUUAAGGGGUGGUACAAGGCCCCCUUCCCCCCAAAAAAUAUAUACUAGCAAGCCUCUCUCCCCCUCCCCCCAUUGAAAAUGUCCAAAGGAAAAAAAUCAUGCUCAAUUAGUUGAAAAUUACCUAAUUUUGUGGGCUAGUUCCCCCUCACUUAAUCAUUGACCUUCACCUUCGACCCACCCCAUUAUCUCCCCCCUCCUCCAUUUCAAUAUUCCUAGAUACACCACUAAACUUAAUGCAGUAGUGGAAUAUUGCUGUAAUAUGGAAUUGUCAUCCUUUGUUUACAUUAAGAUAGACUGUUAUUAUGACAUGGGCUCAUUUGAAAUAUCACCUUUGCAGGAGAUAUAAAUAAUCUGUGGCUCAUGAUAUCGGUUCUAACACACCUGUAAUGUCUAGAUUUGAGGAUAUUUGAAUCAAAGCUCUGCUAGAUUUUAAUUUUGGGCAUCAAAAAUAGUUAUUAACAAUUUGUUGCAAUGCAGGAUGUUUCAUUACAAAAGACAGGCUCAUGGGUCCAAACCAAUAAUUCUUUCCCCUUGAGACAAAUAUGGGAAUCCACCAACCUUAAGCAGUCACUAAAUGGUUGACAUGUUAUUCUUUUAAUGUAGUAAUCACAAGAUUCCUUCUAAGUUUUGAAUAUUGUAAACUUCCCUUGUGAUGUUAGGUAUUGCAGCAAUAUGCACUUGGGACAAAUUAUCAAUCUCCUGUUUUUUGGAAUUUAAAGUUCUGAAAAUUACAUUUAAUCCAUGCUUAUCUUGCCUAGUACAGUAUUUAUAUCUCCUCCUAUAUUGUACUUUAUCUCGCUCUAUUAACAUUUAGAGUGAAUUUACUACUCAUAAAAAUCAUUAAAACAUCAUUAAUUUUACCUCUAGUUUUAUUGAAGUAAUUUUUAAUCAAUAAAUGAUUUUAUUUAAGUCAUAAUUUCAGACUCUAUCUCCAUUUCCAUUUUUGAUUGGUAAUUAUCUAUAGUCUUGGUAUAAAAUUAACAUUCAGAAUGUGACCUCAAAAUGUUGAAAAAUAUCUUUAAAAUGCUGUUAAUGUUUGUUGAAGUGCUAACUGUAAAAUUUUCAUGUGGCACCUCUAUGCUUAAUAUUAAGUCAAAUAUUUCUAGAUAAUAAAGUAGGUGUAUAUAUUUAGCUAUAACUUGCUUAGGGUCAGGGAUGGCGUGCGCCCUCACUUAUCACGAAAAUUAUCUAUUGUACCAGGUAUAAACGAUUAGCCGUACUAGUUGCUAAAUAUAAACUGCAUAUUGUGAAGUUUGUUUAUUUAAUGUAUAAAUUAUAAAUAUUUCUCUAUCAUAACAAGCACUGAAGUAUGUGAAUUCAAAGGUAGUGCAUAGGUUAGUAGGCUGUUAUUGCCGGUAAACCGUAUCAAUUGCUAUUAAAGGAAUUUGAUAAUGCUAUUACAAUUUGUAUUUUUGUGUAUCCAAUGACAACUUUAAUGCCUGGGACAUCUGAUAUAGGCGGUUACGUCAUAUAUCUUUAUCACUAUUAUGACAUAAGAUAUGAUGAAUAGCCUACUAUAUUAUAAUCCAAACAUAUGUAGUGAAAUGAUAUUGAAUGAUAUUAAUUCGGCCGGUUCAUGUUAAUUAAUUAAUCUACAUUACUACCUUUUACUUUAAAAACACUGUAUACCAAUGCACUGAUAAACUGGUUUUUAGGAUAUUAAAUUGAUAAAGUGACAAAGUA